UCAUGUCAACCCGCCGGCCUUAGAACCGGUUAGAACAGCCAAGAAGAAGGGACAUCGCAACUACUCACCAGUCUUAUAGAGCUAUCAUAGGCGCUUAUCCAGACAUUGAAAUUGUCUCAUAGAAUUCCAUUUCCAGAUCGCCAUCAGAACAGAAAGGAUUCAUACAUAUAUACAGACACAGACACAACGAUGGCAUCGACAGCAGCAGCCAGAACAUACCUGGCCUUCCAGCACAACGCGAAACUCACCACCCUCAAGACCAUCGUCACCGCCAUCCGCCCCUUUGCAGACCUCGAAGAAGCCAACCGCGGCCUCUUUAAAGAUGGAAGCGACCAAGAUCACGUAGUCGUAACGGAACAAACAAUCUUCCACCCCCAAGGCGGCGGCCAGCCCUCCGACGUCGGCUCCAUGACCGCCACCGCAGGCUCCUCCUUCGCCGUCAACUCUGUACGCAUGGACGCCGUACGCGACGGCCAGGUACUGCAUUUCGGACGCUUCAACGGCGACGCGAUAUUCAAAGAGGGCGACGAAGUAGAGCAAGCCAUCGACGUCGAGAAGAGGCUGCUGUACUCCCGCCUUCAUACAGCAGGACACGUCCUCGGCGCAGCGGUGCGGCACCUCCUCGAGAAGGAAGUCGAGGGCUUCGACGAGCUCAAGGCGUCGCAUUUCCCGGACUCGGCAUCAUGCGAGUUUCAGGGCCUCAUUGAUGGGAAGUGGAAGGAGCCGAUCCAGGGCAAGGUAGAUGAGUUCUUGGCGGCCAGGAUGCCGGUCAAGGUCGAUUUCUGGGACGAGGACGAUUUUCGGGCGCGGGGGCUCGAGAGAUUGAUUCCGGACCGGAGUCUUGCGCCGCCCGGGGAGAAGUUCCGAGUUGUGGAGAUUGUGGGCGCCGAGGUGUACCCUUGCGGUGGUACGCACGUCGACACGACAGAUUUGUGCGGGGAAACUGUCGUGAAGAAGAUUUCAAGGAGUAAAGGGAAGUCAAAGGUCAGCUACGCGGUGAAAUAA